AUGGAGCGGCCCCGGACGCGGGGCCGGCAGCCGCAGCCGCAGCUGCAGCCCUGGAGCCGGCUCCUCCCGCGCCGGGCUGCGGCUGCCUCGUUCUCCCUCCCGUUGCUGGUGCUCCUGCGCGGGGCUCCGGCCCACGGCCCCGCCGCCCGCCCGCUCGCUCCCGCUCCGUUCCUCUCCGCUUUGGCUUCGGCUCCGGCCCCAGCGGCCCCAGCAACACCAGAUGCCUCCGCCUCCUCCUCCGCCGCCGCCGCCGCCGCUGAGAAGCCCCCGCCCCCGAACCCCCGGCCCCUCCUCCUCUGGGCCCCUCCCCCUCCGGCUGGUCCCGGCCGGAUCCCGGGAAUUCGGGGAGAGACUCCACCCCGCUCCUUCCUCUUCGCUUCCUGGGACUUGUAG